CGCUGCGACCGCGAGCCGUUUCGCCGCAUCAACAGCCAGACGGCCGGGACGCGUGCGAGCGCGAACGCCAGAAUGUUGUCUCGCUUAAAAGCCAAAGUGGGCUCGGUUCUGCUGCCGGGCGACGAGUUCUGCUUGGACACGGCCGGCGCCGACACCAUCUCGCUGGCGGGCCCCUCCAAGGCGGACAAGGUGGUUUGCGGGCCCGGGCUGCGGCGCUCCGGCGACCGCCUGCUGGUGUAUAAAAGCGGGCUGCUGCGACACAAGGAGCCCAACAUGUUCUGGAUGGACGCCCAGCACAAAAGGUACGUUCCCGCCAAAGGAGAGACGGUUAUCGGCAUCGUGACGUCUAAAUCCGGCGACGUGUUCAAGGUGGACAUCGGCGGAAGCGAACAGGCGUCUAUAUCGUAUUUGGCCUUCGAAGGCGCCACCAAGAGGAACCGACCCAACGUCCAGGUGGGCGACCUGCUGUUUGCGCAACUGAUCGUAGCUAAUAAGGACAUGGAGGCGGAGCUGGUGUGUGUGGACAGCGCGGGCCGGGCCAACGGGAUGGGAGUGUUUGGAGCGGGCGGUCUCCUUUUCAGAGUCUCGCUGGGUCUCGCCAGGCGGUUGUUGGCCCCCCAGAGUGAUCUGCGGGCGGAGCUGGAGCAGCUGUUCCCGUGCGAGAUGGUGGUGGGGAUGAACGGUCGGCUGUGGGUCAAGUCCACCGGCAUCCAGCGGACGCUGGUCUUGGCCAACCUGCUGGAGAGUUGCGAGAACUUGACGCCCGUGCAGAGGCGCCAGCUCUUUGGCAAGCUAGCCCAGGGGGCGCUCUAGAGACGGGAAUUCAAACGGCGGGGGGUUGGAAAAUCACGAGAUCACCAUGACGUAAGCGCGCCAAUUGAGAAAUGGCUGAAUGGAGGCAAAGCUUCAUCUCGUGGACAAACGGUGCAAGGACAUCAGAAAAGUGACCAGCAUUUCCUCUCCGGAGGAAGUCAAAGUGUAUUGGAACACCAGCCGAACUCGGGCGAGCGCUCCAUGACAUAAAAGCUGCCAUUUGAGCGAAUUGUUGGGCGAGCUUGCGUGGUCACCAACUGACCGCAAAUGUUCUGUUCAAAAACAAGGCUGUCUCUUUUCUUCGAUAAACGUUUAUUUUCAAAAAUAGAUUUGUUUUUACACCAUUUUGUCUUUUUGCUUCCCCUACAUUAGUUUUGCACCUUUUGUGCGGCAGCAAAGCAUUGUGGGUAGCACGCCCCCCCCACCCCCCCUGCAGCCACAAAAA